AUGGAUGUAACCAAUACAGGUACAUGUAGCAGAUGUAAAACAAUGCAUUGUAGCAAUAUAAAUCCGGAGGGUCGUCGAUGGACAUCUGACCGCUGUGGCCGAACAAACAUCACUCAGUCUUUAUACCAUUCCAAUACGGGGAGGACUCUAACUCUAAUACUUUUGCUGUUCAUACAGUAUUCCUGGGGCAUGAGUAACGAUAUCCUACGGUUAAAUCUACCUCCGGAACCUAACCUCGACCCUAACACUGUCUGUAAAACAUACCCAGCCUUGACUUCCCGUCAGUAUGAACACUGCUUCCAGCACCCGGAUGUGACAGCAUCAGCCAUUCAAGGCAUUCAGGUCGCGAUCCACGAAUGCCAGCACCAGCUAAAAGACCAUCGAUGGAACUGUUCUACAUUGGAAAAGAAAAAUAAGAACCCUCACGCAAGCCCUAUCCUCGGAAAAGGUUUUCGGGAAUCAGCUUUCGCCUAUGCCAUCUUGGCGGCGGGAGUGACACAUCAGGUAGCCAAGGCUUGCAGUAUGGGGAAGUUACAGUCUUGUGGAUGUGACAUGAGGCAACACGGGAAGGUCAAGGACAAAUGGGAGUGGGGCGGUUGUAGUCACAACGUCGAAUUCGGAGAAAAGUUUUCCGCCAAAUUUUUGGAUGUGAAGGAAAGAGCAAAGGACAUUCAUGCCAAAAUAAAUUUACACAACAACAGAGCAGGUCGUUUGUCUGUUAUAAGAAAUGUUCGCCGGAAGUGCAAAUGCCACGGGAUGUCUGGGAGUUGUGAGAUUCAGACAUGUUGGAAAUCUACACCCGAUUUCCGGGAGGUUGGAAUCCGGCUAAAAAAGAAGUAUGACGCCGCGAGAAAGGUAAAGGUGAAUAUUCUCAAUGCGGCCGCAGCGAGGUACCGUCGAAUUAGACGCAACACUCGAAAGUCAGAUCUGAUAUUCUACGAGAGAUCCCCUAAUUAUUGUGACGUCAACCCUCGCGUUGACUCCAUAGGAACCUCUGGUCGACUGUGUAAUAAAACUAGUUCCGGUGUGAACAACUGUCAAACGCUAUGUUGUGGGCGUGGCUACAACACCCUCCGAGUCAAACGUACUGAAAGAUGCGACUGCAAGUUCCACUGGUGUUGUUACGUCGUGUGCAAAACUUGUUCGUACAAUGAAUGGGUGACAGUAUGUAAGUGA